CCUCCUCCUUGCCCGCCCUCGAUGUUCCAAGAAGACUGCUGCCUCCAAUGCGGCAACCCCGUCCUGGCGGAAGGCCGCAUCUACUGCAGUGACGAAUGCGAGAGUUUGGACACAAGCUCACCCUCUAUAUCAACCGCCUCUUCCGCAUUCUCUUCCCCCCACCUCGACGGAUACGACAUGCCCGGUGCGCAUGACGUUCCCGCUCUCGUUCCCUCCGCUCUCGGUGCAGCCUUGUCCUUCAACCACCAAAAGCACCACUACCCUCUCUCGUCUUCCAAGUCCUCGCUCGUUUGGUACGAGGACGACGACAGCGACAGCCUCGUAAUUGCUCUGGACGACGAGGACAGUGAUCUCGGCUUCAAGUCCACUCGUGCCGCGCCGUUGGCCAUUCGUCCGACCGGCCUCUCUUACGCUCGGCGACCAUCGUCGACCAACAACCACUCCACCAUUCCCCUCCUCCACCGUCGUACUUCCUCCGGUAACCACUCCCUAGGCACGGCUUACAGCAUGACCUCUACUCGAUCCUCGACGGAGGAUUCAGACGGGCCCGUCCCUACUUCACUGCGUAGCUUGCACGCUCGUUCCCCUCACGGACACCGCCGUCACCCUUCCGCUACCGACGCGCACCAAGAGACCAUUACGGCCAAACGUAAACACAAACGUCUCUCAAUGCCUGCAUACUUUUCUCUUUUGCAGCACGGCUCCCUCCUCACGCAGACCUCGACAUCCGCCCAGUCUCCUACCUCGUUUAUUACCACGCGCCCUUCGCCCACCACUCCCCGCCUUGCAGGUCCCGCACUUGACCACACGCACGCAUUGGCCGUGUCCUCGCCAUCGAGUGGGAUGCAUUACUCCCAGAACCACAACACGUCCCUGCUCGCGAGCGUGCACACCACAGACGAAAGUCAUAUCCGCGAGAGCUUUGGCGCAGGCCUGACGCCGCCUCGUGGGCGCCGCCGGGAACCCGGUACCUCUCGGCGACGCACCUGCAGCCGUUCGCCCUCCCCUUCGCCGUCCCGCGCUCGCAGGGCGCUGUCUCCGCCUUUGCUCCUGAAGGAGGAACCGGCUUCUGAGGUCCGAGGCCGGAGACGUGUGAAUGAGCUGGACGGUUGGGGUGAGGACAAGAUUUUCGGGUUUGGGAACGGGCGGAGCGGACUGAAGGAGCGAGAGCGUGGACGUGGGAGGCAACGUUAG